AUGACGGAAUUACCGUGGGGCUCGCUCAGGAUAGUUUCAACCACAACAACUGACUACACUAUGGCACCUAACAAAUAUUCAGUCAAACUACUUCUGCAGGAGCUAUUUGCAGUGUUGGAAAGGAAACUAAGAGCUGCUUUUGAAGAGGAGAAUCAGGAAAAGAAUUUGAACAAGACUUUACAACUGUCAGAUGACGUUUAUUUUGAAAACUUGCUUCAUACUUUGCAUGGUAUUUGUGAAUAUCGGCUUCCUACUGUCCUCAAAGCUAUGAUUCGGUGGUAUGAGAAACAGACGGAUACGCAAUUAGAUGAAUCAAGUGAAAAAAGAAACUGCUGGGAGAAACGUUCACUUGCAGUAAAUAUUCUUUUUUGUGUCGUACUAAUCGAGAUAUUACCUCAAGUCCACUUUUUUCCCGAUUCUUGCGAACAGCUCAUAACCCGCAUUGUGAAUUUGGCUUUCAAAGAAAUCGUCUAUCGUGACCAGGCAUCUGUAGGUGCAAAUUAUAACAGCUUUCUCACUGUUACUGAAAAGUAUGCAGAGGUGCUAGGCGUUCUUUCUCACUCACAUGCUCGUUUGAUUCAGAGGACUUUUUUAAAUCUCUUAAGUGACUUGAAGAAGGAGAACCCUGUCAACCUUUAUCCUGUCAAUAACAUUAUUGCACUCCUGAUGGCAAUGAAGUUUUUUCGUGUCAAGACUAACCAAGUGGCAGAUUUCGAGAUGGAUAUUCAGUUUUUGGACGAACUGGGGCAGUAUUAUUUAGAUGUAAAGCACAAAGAUAUUAAGCACGCUACUGCCGGUUUAUUAGUUGAAAUCCUCUUACCUGUGGCAGCGCAAAUCAAAACAGAGGCCAAUAUACCUGCACUGAUUGCGUUCGUCGACAAACUUUACCAGCCAACGUUUGAAUUAGUCAGCAAAAAGCGAGAUAAAAUGGCUGCAUAUCCGCUUCUUACUUGUCUUCUUUGCAUUAGCCAAAGCAAGUUUUUUCUGGCAAACUGGACACAGUUUUUAAAUUUUACUCUUGCUAGUCUUAAGAGCAAAGACGCGAAGGUAUCUCGAGUUGCAUUAGAGGUGUACAUUAUUCGCAACAAUUGCGAAGGAAACACUGCGACAAGAAGUCGUCUUGAAUCAAUUUGUGGUUCUUUAUUUCCUAAAGGCAAUCGGGCAAUUAUUCCUCGUGAUGCACCGUUGAACAUAUUUGUUAAAAUAAUUCAUUUUAUUGCUCAGCAAAAACUGGAUUUUGCUUUUAAGGAAAUUAUUUUUGAUCUACUUGGAUGCAAUCGUGCACACAGUGUCCUUAAGACGUCUAUCUAUCCUGAAAGAAUGAAUAUUGGAAUUCGAGCCUUAAUGGUUAUUGCUAAUGGUUUGCAGCAAAAAGAGGGUCCCCCAGAUAUGCCUCGUUCAAUGGCCACGAAUUCAACACAGCGGCUCAAAAAGACUUAUAUUUCAAGACCGCUGACAGCUGAUGUUGCUCGUUCGAUUGGCUUGGAACAGUACUACGCUCCAUGUCGCAAAGCAUUUGAUUCAAUCUUGAGGGCUCUGGAUACACAAGUUGGAAAGCCCUUGAUGUUAACGGUUGCACAGUCAAGAGGAAAGGAACCGGAGGAACUUCUCUCAGGCGACAUAAAACCGAAAUUAGAUCUUUUCCGCACAUGCAUCGCAGCGAUACCUCGUUUGUUGCCUGAUUCUAUGAGUCACACUGAUCUUGUAGAGCUUCUUAUUCGAAUGAGCGUACACGUCGACGAAGAGUUACGCAUGCAUGCUGCUCAAACUUUGCAAACUUUAAUGACUGAGUUUUCAGAAUGGCGAGAGGAUAUUAUUCAUACAGUACUAAAUUUUUUCACCAGUCAGAUCAUGGAUACUUUCCCGAAUCUUCUUGAUAUGUCUUUACGUUUAUUGUACCAAUUGGUCUAUUCGUGGAAGACUGCUGCUAAUAUGGAACGUAAGAAGGAAAUCAGUGAAAAUCCCGAAAAGGAAAAUGGAGAUUCUGUUUAUAUAAAAAUGCAAAUAUCGCCACUGGUGAGUAAUUCAAUGGCAUUGGCUCUGCACUCUAUUGAAGGUUUUGCAUUAGCAAUGAUGUGUCAGAAUAGGACGCAGUCGAGAAAACUGGCGAUAAGCAUCCUUAAAGAGGUGAAACAACUUUUAAUUCUUGUUGCGCCCCAUCAACAUGAUACUCCUGUGAUUGAAGUGUUGGACAGUGCCACACCAUAUGUCAUUUCUAAAUACAUUGAACAUGUGCCGAUUUCAGAAAGGCAAUUUUGGAAUCAGGACUUUUCAUCAGCAUCAGAUAAGAUCGCUUCUAUCGAAACUGAUUUUUGUUUGGUAAACAGUGAUAGAGGUAACGAAUAUUUCCAAUGGGAUCCGUGGGCGUGUGCGCUUUCUGGCUACUGUGAGCACCGGUUUUUAAUAUUGCAGUGCCCAACUGCUGUGUAUUAUGCCUGGCCAGUUCUAAGUGUCAGACUUAAUGCAUGUAACGCCUUCGUUGACCCCAGCAACCCCCAAAAUGAAAAUCGGGCGUCCUUAUUACGAAGCUCGAAGAGUAAAGGAACUUCCUUGGUUUCCGGUGAAUCGCUUGGUCAGGACAGCUAUCUUCCCUUAUGGCAGAAGUACUUAGUGAUGGCCUGUGCGCUUGCACCACCUCCUCCUAACUCUGCCAAUUCGUUGUCAAGAAGUUUCUCUCCGUCUAACUCUGUUGAAACAGAUGUUUUCCGGUCGUUAACAUCCUCAGUUCGUGGUGCCCCAAGGACAUCGACUUCAUCAACCACCAAUUUUUACCAAAAAGUGGUUUCGAUGCUUAAAUGGGAACAAAUAGACAUGAGGGACAGCAUUGUUUUAGGCGUUGGGUCAACAAACCCUCUAGCUUUUGAAAGCCUUUUGGAUGAAAUGAAGAACAUUCUCCGGGAAGCAACAGACAGGAAAGCGGACAGCAAUGCUCGUCGGAAGCGGCGUAAAGACUUGUUGCGUUUACAAAUUAUCAGAUUAUUGCAGGUGGCCACAUUUCGCGAAGUUCUUCCUUGCUGCGGAUGCAUAGAGCUUGAAGGAGGUCUUUGUUCUGCGCUCACUGAAUUCAUAGAUGCUGUUCGCCAAAGCCUUGAAGCAGAUCAAGAUCGAGAUGUGACUAUAUUGACUAGCCUGCGGCUACAUUUUGCUAAAACUAUUGCACUCAUAAUCAACAGCAUUCCAAUUGAGAGACGUAAUAAUCUUUUUACGGAUGAUAAAAAACAGAGCUUAUUUUACCUAUUCACUUCUUGGUGCAGCAGGAGUAUUGCCAACAAUGACAAAAGACGUGAAGGUGACGUCGGAACUUACGUAGAGCAAAGAGCGAUUGAAGCAAUGUGUGCACUCCUCUGUUGUGGACCAAUUUUUGAAAGGAUAAAAGCACUAGGGGAUGGCGGUUAUUUGUAUGGUUGGCUUGAAACCCUACUUGACUCCACAAACCCUGUUGUUGAAAAACUGAUUGAGCCGACUUUAAGCACAAUGCUGGAUUUAAAUGACGAAACUGCCCAGCUAUUAGACUGGACUAUUAAUGUUUGUUAUUCAAAACCAGCGCCUAUUGCAGCAAAGUGUUUUCACUCUUUAGUCACUUUGUUUUCGAAAAGGGAAUAUCCAUGUGAAUUCGAUUCUUUGUUUGUUUUGUGUCAAAUGUUAGCAGCGGAUGUUGACACGAGCAUUGCUUUCCCAGCCUUGGAGCUGCUUCAUUUAUUGCGCAGACAGUUCUUAGACGAUACUUUAGCGGUACCACAGGCCCAAGCAGAAAUAUGUAACUUUUCCACAAAUCAUGCUGAUGUUUGUCGACUUUUGGCUAGGACUUAUCCAAAGAUAACUAUGUCUGUGUUUUCAGAAGUAUGCGCCAGAAUAGAAACAGCCCAAUUUAGCCGCCGUGUUGCGCUGCUGACAGUGCUUGCCGCUUGGAUAAAAAACAUUCAGUUGGUCGAUUUACAUAUCGAUAGUAAUACUGCUUCUGAUGUAUCUGAUGAGGCAGGAUGGGGUUCUGAAGAGGCUACUCAGCUGAUUUUGAACAAUUUACUUUAUAUCACAGCAGUUCUUUCUGUAAAUCACGCUAGAGAACUGUCUUUUCUAUGGAACACUCUUGCUUCAUCACAUCCUUCAAACCUUCCUAUCUUAUUGAACUAUCUGUUCAUAAUGGCAUCCCUUUCACCUGAUACAGUUCUUCCUCACACAAAGCGUAUUUGCUGUUUUUUGAUGGAAACAGCCGGAACUAGGCUGGUUGAAAUAAUGCUUGAUCAUUUGAAAAAUGUCAGUGAACAGUUCAAUGUAAACAUUGAGAGGUGCGAGAUGCCUCCAUAUUACAAGUGGCAAAGUAUGACUGAUUUUCAUGAAAAGGAGAGCGAGCAGGCCUCUGGAAAAUAUGAAAACGACGAUGAAAAGUGUAUGAACAUGAAUGAAAGGAAUGCAACUAGUACCCCGAAUCUUGUUAAACAGGGAGGUUCAGUUCUUCAAUUAAAAACGCAAUUGUUGGUACAGAUACUUUCCUCCUGCUUCUCCAUCUUUGAUAUUUUUUGUGGUUUUAGUCGACUGUGGAGGAGGAAACUUCUAUGUAGUCUUGCUCUCAUGCAUAUUUGUGACGUAAUUCCGUAUAGCAAAAACAUUGAUUGGCGCGAACAUAUACCUUUGCUUUUGCAUGUUGCUGUGUUGGGUUUGGAUUCUUUGCGUUCAUCUUUGUGUCGGCACUCUCGUCAACUUAUUAUAAAUAUUGUCUUAUUGUAUGCUAAUGAGGAUAUUCCUGCUGCACAGUUGGCAAACAUUCUUUUGACAAACCAAUUAAUCCAAACUGCAAAUGAUGAAAGCCGCGCGGAAAGUGCUUCAAAGAAGGAGUCCGUGUCAUACUCAUCUCUAAAAUAUCAAGAGUAUCGUCAGAUGCUGUUAAAAAGCAAUGUUUUGUUUUCUUCCGAAGCUGACCUUGUGAUAGCUAUUAUUUUUUGCUUAUCGGAGAGGAUGGACAGACCAUUAUGGCAGAAUGAGGAUGUGACUUUAAAGACGUGGCGCAUUGACAGUGCUGAGCAGCUUGGAUGUGUAGUUCGUCACUUAGCAGAAUUUAUGCUCUCUAAAGCUCCGAUGUUCGUGGAAAGUUGGUCUCAGUUAGCUAUGAGUAUGGCUCUUUCUGCUUCGAAUCGCCACAUUGCUGGACGUUGUUUUCAAAUUGCAUCAGCUCUUUGCCAGUCUCCAACUGCUUGGGUUCCUGGCAUUUUAUCUCGCCUAGUUGAAACUGUUGGAGAAAUUCAUGAGGAUACUCAAGCCUACGUUACCGAUUUAAUGUUGUGUCUGCAAAGUGCUGUAGAACAUCUGGCUUUACCUCCAAAUAUAGCGCCAGCUCAAUCUCCAACACAUGCUCGUUCGACUUCGUACACUCCAGCGCUUUUACGACAAACAGCUGUCGCUGCCGCUGCUUCAUCAGGAGUGUUGUCCAAUCAAGACCGCAAAGAUAUCCGUCACUCAAUGAUGGUUGGCGAUGAACGGGAUUUAAUGCUACCAGGCAUGAGUCGGAGCAAGAGUGCAUCAGCUUUAAAAACUGCCGAACAUGGUGUAGGGCUAGAAGACCUGUCAGCUUUGUGUCAUUUACUCUCUAUCUCAGUAGCCAUGCUUGAAUCGAGCAAUGAUAAUGAGUACCUACUUGCUUUACAUCUGUUAGACAAGGUCUUAGAUGUUGCUGGAUCUGACAGAACCGUCUGUUUGCAAAGGUUUUCGAAAACUGUAGCACAGCUAGACUGGAGUACUUUCAACGGUAUAAUCGGCUUAAUUGUGAAGGGUACUGUAAUCGCUGGCGGUUAUGAAUUAUCGCUGUCGUUGCUUGUGAAAUGUCUGGAUUUGAUAGAUGAACCUGCUAUGGGUUCUAGAUCGUGUUUGCCUAUUACUAUUAUUUGUGCCUUACCGUUGCUGAUUCAAAACUUUGAUUCUCCAUCAUCUCUAUGCAUCUCAACAGCAAAAGCCUUUGCUGAAAUGAUGCGACAGUAUGCAGAACGUUGUUUUCCGCGUGACAGAUUUCAGUGGGCGAAAUGCGUUAUCAAAUAUUUGUGUGAAGCUUUGACGCCAGACAUCACACAACUUGUAGUCUUACUUGUUGAGGCCGAUUUUGGAAAGAGGUGUUGUCGGACACCAGCUCUGCAUCCUCCAUUGCAUUUAUUUAUUGAUCUGUCAUGGCAACCUUUCCAAAUGUUCUCCAGUUCCCUUCAAUGCACAGAAGGCAAAAACUAUACCCUAAUAACAAGUGAAAGUUAUUCGGACCGUAUCCAAGCAUCUACAGGUGACUACGCUAAUCCACUAGAGGAAGAUGAAUUAAAAAGUGACAGUGAUUUUCAAAAUGAAUUAGAGGCUGUUAUUAACAGUUUUAGUGCUUCGGGCUCACCAAGGAAAUCUGCAUUAGAAACGUUGUCACUGCGAAGGCACACAAAUAUGAAUCAGGCCAAAGUGCGUGAACGUUUAGUCAGUUUGAUGAAUGCUUCUGGUUUACGCGUUGGAUUACCAAAAAGUGCAUCUGUGCUUUUUUCUCAGUCAUCUCACGACCUUGCUCACGAGCCGUUAGUUCCUUCUUCUUCAUCCUCUUUAGAAAGAAUUCCAGCAAAUCAUGGAAAUGAACUUGGUUCGUCAUCAUCACUGGUCGCAGAUCCGUCGGUUACAGAUUCUUUUCCUCGGGUAUUUAGGGAGUUUGAUUUCUUGGAAGCUGAACACGAUAGCGUCUCUGAAUCGACUGAAUCUGCUUUCAACUGGCUGUCGUCAAUGAGAAGACGCUCUAUAAGCAAUGUUGAUUUGGAGAAUGAAGAACAGUAUAAUGAUGACGGUAGUGCGGAAGCCCCUAAUCAUCAUCGGCCGUCGUCCACUGCUUCUGAUUCUUUGGAAGUGUCUAGUGAACGUACACCAGUUCAGUCGGAAGCUAGGAGCGAAUCAUCUGAGGAGGAGGAAGAAAGCUGUGACGAAGAAUUAGAGGAAGAUUUUGCAGUUGAUGAGGAACAACAGAGUCAGCUCUCUAAGUUCAGGAUAACGGAAGGCAUGUCUUCCUUUGCGGAAACGGUGCCGUGUAACCGGUCAGAGACUUCGGAGGACUUUACAAAAAACAGGACAUUACCUUUGUUUUUUGAAUGUAAUCAUCACUCAUCUGCUCAGAGUGAACAUCAGUGGUUGUCAAGUUUUACGGAAGUCAACAAGGACGAAAGCGGCGAAUUGGUGGCUCAUGCAACGCUUUUGUUUUCGCAGUUGUAUAGAGAGUGCUGUGUUAAGGUGUCUGGCAUACUGCGUGAUGCAUCACAUUUGCUAGCGUCACAACACAGAGAGAUUGUAGCACAUUUUGCAUAUGCAUUGGAUCUCGUUUUAAGGAUUUCCGAUUGUCCCUUUUUAUUUGUUACAGGACAAUUUUUACGGGAUUAUGGUUUACUGUCGAGACAGAAAUGUAUUCUUUUGGAGUUACAUGAACAUUAUGAAACUUUUGUGGAGAGAAAGGAACUUUGCAUAAGGGCAUUAAAUGCUGUUAAAGCAAUGACAAAGUUAAUGAUGAUUGGGGGCUGCUCAACAAACAGCAGUAACAACCAGUUUCUGGAACUCUGCAAGUCGAUACAUAAAUUGUUUUUUCAAUUGUUUUUAAUAAGCGAUAAAAUCGACGAUAUGAUCAAAGGUGUUCUAAGUACACCAAACUGCCAGGAUGCUGAUAUAUCAUCGGAAGUUCUGUGUCUUCAUCGAUGCUUGCUGGCAAGUGUUCCGGACUCUGUACAUAGUUCAGACUCGACAUUGGGAAUAAAUCUUGAACCGUCUAGUGAACCACUACUUGAUCUGUUGCACAAAAAACAUUACAGAAGUGCUCUUCAUACUUUGCGGCAGUUAAGGCAACAGUACGGUGCAGAAUUUGGUUGUUGUGAUCAAGUGGAUGUUGAGGUAUUGCUUCUGACAUUUUGUAGAAGUCAUCUUGGAUCAGCAUUUGCUGUUGUUGGCAGCCAAAAAGCAUUGUCGGCAAGUUGUGCAAGCCUCCGAGAGGCAAAUAUGCAAAUGGCAGCAUUGACACGAUCACUUGCUCCAGAUUCGAUUGGUAUGCGGUCAUCCCGAGUUUCUAGUGUUUCGGAAGCGUACAGUAGAGCUUAA